GGCUCACUUUCUGAUGCGUUUCUCCACCCUCGGGGCUGGCUCUGUCCUCCUCUCCUCCCUUUGCGCCACAAGCCAUGCCUACCGUCUUCCACAGAUCCCCUUCUCUCCCAGCGAUGACUCCCUAGGCACCUCGCCGCAUCCUCCUCCGGGAGAUUGGAAUCCGCUAGAGCACAUGUCCGGCAUUGCACCCUAUCACGAUGCUCCAGGAGCAGACAUCACACCACCAGAUGGAUGCGAAGUGACUUCAGUAGCAUUCCUGGUCCGACACAGCUGCAUCUACGCCAAUGACGACGAGUGGGCUGACUUCAUGGAGCCCUUUGUCAACCGACUAGAGAAAUAUCAGCAGGAAGGUGGAAGCUUCCAAGGAGCUGGACCUCUGGCUUUUCUAGAGAAUUGGGAAAGUCCCAUCAACGAGGGUAACCUGGAAGCCCUGACUGGGCCGGGUGCAGAUGAUGCCUUUGCCUUUGGAAAGAGGCUGAGGAAGCUCUACCCUCAUCUCUUCCCCCCAAAGGACCUCGGCAAGGGGUCCAGCAAAGGCAAGAAGGGUAGGACGGACAAGGUCAAAGAGCCCUUUCGCAUCUGGACUGCCAAUUCAAACCGAGAUGUCGGUACGGCCAAGGCUUUCAUCAAGGGUGCCUUCCCAAAGAGACAUGAGGGAGACGACGGCGAGGGUGACGGCAAAUACCUGUCUCUGAUUAAGGUCAACAACAAGGAGGCUUCCUGGUCCAGCUCUCUCACCCCACACAAGGUGUGCCCAGCCUUUACAAAGGAGCCCGGUAAGCCUGAUGCACAGGAGUGGCUGGAACACUUUGGCGUGGCCCCGCUGGAGCGUCUCAAGAAGCUCAUGCCCAACUUCGAGUGGGCCUUGAGGGACGUCAUUGCUCUCAUGAUGCUUUGUGGAUACGAGAGUGUGAUCAAAGGUGUGGGCAAGACUGAGUUCUGCAAGCAGGGUCUCUUUACUGCAGAGGAGUACUCGGACUUUGGAUACUGGAACGAUCUCAUCUACCAUAAGAUGACGGGGUAUGCCGCACCUGUCGCUCCCUACCUGGGUAUUCCUUGGGUGAACACCUCCUUGCACAACCUCCUCGAAGCUCCAGAGCAUCGUCACCACCGCGAUGGUCGUCCUCACCUUGGACUUCUCAAAGAAGGCGAUGGACUCCCUGACCCCGAUCGCCCACCCAAUGCCACGCACUCGCAGAGCCUCUUCGUCUUCUUUACACACAGGGAGGAGCCGCCUGUUGCGCUCGUUGCUCUGGGCAUCUGGAACCAGACGACUGUGGGUCCUCUGCCUACCGACCAUCGACCGGACAAUCGAGUCUGGAAAACAAGCCACGUCCUCCCCUUUCUCGGGCACGUCGCCAUCGAGAAGCUCACCUGCGGUUCUCACAAGCACCCAAAAGACUAUGCCCGUAUCCUCGUCAAUGGUGCCGCUCAACCACUCCCGCGUGAGGACCUGGCAGAUGGACCGGGAAAAUCGUGCAGGAUGGAGAGAUUCACAGAGUAUGUCAGGGAGAGGAUGGAGAUGUUUGGUGAUUUUGAGGGGGCGUGUAAAAAGGCCGAGUAGACGGAGAGGAGAAAGAGGGGGCGUGUGUGACUGUGACUCUAGAAAGCUAGAAGGCUAGAAGAUGAAAAAUUGGAUCGGUUCCGGUUCGCACGUAGGAAAUGACUGCAUUUCGUUGUACACUCUCAAGAUCAUAGACUCAAUGGCCAUCACGUUGUCUUUAUCAUGAAAACAGACUCGUAUGAAGCGGGAAUCGAUUGUUCAUCCAGCGAGGCUAUACUGAGGUGAAGAAAAGGAAAGGGGCUCUCCCUUUGGUCAGGAGCUCACACCCUGCCUGAUCUUGGUACACCAUGGCUCUGGAGAGCAUUUAAAAAGAGCUGCUCUCCCU